GCCCAGUACUUUGGUCACAUUAUCUUCACAACUCAACACAUCACAAACUAUUAUUAAGAACGAACUAUCUAAAAACUCCACCUAUCUAAUCGGCGUCAUGAGGGCGGGUGUUACGGUAUAUCUUCUUACCAUUGCUGCCAUGAUUAUGGCCUUCGCAGCGGGUGGGUGCUGUUAUUUCGCUGCAUUCGUCCAUAACGAGCUACGUCCAUACUUCGACCAGCACGACAUGAAGUCAUACUUAAGCCAAGCUCACGCAACUCUUUUAUACCUUACAUUCUCGGCUGCCUUGCUUUGGAUUUUGUAUCUGGGAACAAUCCUAAAAGUAUGCGUUGAUAAUUCGGAAUUCGGUUUCCCUAAGCUCUUUUUGAUGACUAGCGGACUCAUAGUUAUAACCUUGUUGGCUAUGGUAACGAAGGAUGCAUGGAGUUGGUGGGAGUACUUCAAAGCGGCAGAGGGCCUCAACCACUUGGCGAUAAACUGCCAUUGGCUGGCCGGCGUAUGCAUUGCAAAUAUGGUGACGAUGCUCGUCGCUAUAGUUGGGAUUAUCAUUAUCAGCAUAUUGCCAGAUUUAGAGCUAUGAAGUUAUCGGCUACGUCAACUAGGCUUUAAGGAGUAGGCAUCCAUGGAUAUUAGGAUAGGGCGAAGAGAAACUCGAUUCCUCGUUUUUUUAGCUCUGAAUACAAUUGAUACUUUCCCACUUAUGAUUUACGUUUAUUGAAUAUUGCGCUUUGUUGAUAAUCUUUGAAUGUGUAUUCAGUAAGACGGUGC